AUGGGGUCAUUCAUCCGCACCAUAAAUACCCAAUUGAGGCCGGUGGGUUCACAGCAUGGCCGACUGGACAAUGCAAGCGCCAGCCAUGACUCUGACUCUCAGGAGACCACGCAGUUAACACAGACAGAGACACACAUCAUGCACAUUGACCUACAAGCAAAAAAGAUUGUUUAGGUAUUCUAAUGAAAGUAUGAAAUGCUAUGAUUCCAACCCAGGCCCCCCACUUGUCUGAAAUUUGUUUGGGACUUGACUUGUAUGUGGGUGUGUUUGUGUUAGAACAGUACACGGGAGGGCUCACCACUGUACUGUAUAUACAACCUGUGUCCUCUCCUCUGCUACAGGGACAGUGACGGACCAUCAACGCAGUCUGUACAUUGCUAUUGAACAAAUCAAUACUGAGAUUGCCUUUGUACCGCACAAGGUGACUUCCAACUUUUCUUCGCUCUCCAGUUUUUCAGCCUUGGACUUGCGCUUAGCAGCACACGUAGAUGAUGCCCAUCGGCAGGUGGGAAUCCGGGUUAAGGACCUCUUCACAGUUGAAGCUGUAGAUGCGGGCACUUCUGAGUUGGAGUUCAUCGCCCACAGUAGGAGGAAGAUCUGGCCACCCUUCAAUCCGUCCAACACCAAACGCAUGGAAACAGACAUAAUGGUCACGCUAUGCAGAGAAAUUUUUGUGCCGCUAUGUCGUGAAGUCCUCCUGGAAAGCAGGUACACCACUCGGAUUUCCCAGAUACCUGAGCUACAGGUUGGUGACCUUGGCCUGGGGUCUGUGGAUACUUGGCAUGGAACCCC